CGAAACAAAUGAUUCUCCGCCGUCUGUGCUGACAGCGCAACCCCAGGGAGAACGGCCAGGGAUCGGAGCAGCAGAUCCCCACAGAGACCCAUUAAAAGAGUCAGUUCUCGCUGCUCAAACAGAACUCAGCACAGCUCAGUACCCUGCAGAUGAAGACAAUAAACUUGUCAACAGCAGUCAUGUCCUGAGGCUCCACCCGGCUCCCGAAUGGAGCCACGAUACGAAAGACAUGGGGACGCAAGCUGUCGAUUCAGAAAACGGGAUUGGCCUCGUGUUUGAGGAGGCAGAAGUGGAAGAGGAAGAGCGUGACAACAUGGAGGGUCGGGGGCCGCGCUCCCGCAGUAGGAGGAGCUGGAUCUGGAACCAGUUCUUUGUGAUCGAAGAGUACGCCGGGCCAGAACCUGUGCUCAUUGGACGGCUCCACACCGACAUGGACAGGAAUGAUGGACGCACUAAGUACGUCCUGCGAGGCGAGGGGGCAGGCUCGGUCUUUGUGAUUGACGAAAAGACCGGCAACAUUCACGUCACCAAGCCACUGGACCGAGAGGAGAAGGACGAGUACCGUCUCGUUGCAACGGCCACCGACAGGCAGACGGACCGUGCCCUGGAGCCCUCGUCACAGUUCAUAAUUCGGGUGCAAGAUAUCAACGACAACCCACCAAUCUUUGACGAAGGCCCCUACAUCGCCACCGUGCCUGAAAUGGCAAAUAUAGGCACGUCUAUAAUCCAGGUGACAGCGACAGAUGCUGAUGACCCAACUUACGGGAACAGCGCCAAGCUAGUGUACACACUGGUGCAGGGCCAACAGCACUUCUCUGUCGAUCCCCAGACAGGCAUCCUGCGCACGGCAGUACCGGACAUGGACAGGGAGACCCAGGACCAGUACCUGGUUUUGCUCCAGGCCAAAGACAUGGGGGGCCACCUGGGUGGAUUAUCUGGGACCACCACCGUCACUGUCAGGCUCACUGACGUCAACGACAACCCACCACGCUUCACACAGAGCAUGUGGUCCUUCUCUGUUUCCGAGCUGGCCAUCCCGGGCGCUGAGAUUGGACGUAUUUCGGCAGCGGACGCCGACCUCGGUGAGAACGCCAAGCUGGAGUACACCAUCCUGGAGGGGGAGACCGGUGAGACGUUCAACAUCACCGGAGUGAACCAAGAGGCGGUCAUCACGCUCAACAAGCCGGUCGACUAUGAGAGCCGGAGCUCCUACUCCUUCUCUGUGGAGGUCCUCAACCCCAUAGUGGAUCCUCGGUUCUUGCGUCGAGGACCCUUCAAGGACCGGGCCUCCAUCAGAGUAGCAGUGCUGGACGCAGACGAGCCUCCGAGGUUCUCCAGAGCCAGAUACCAUAUGGACGUUUCUGAAAACUGCCCGCCAGCCUGCACUGUUGGCCGGGUCAGCGCUGUAGACCCAGACACUGGUCUUACCAAUAAUAUCAGGUUCUCUAUUGAUCCUCAGUCAGACCCAGAGGCUCUGUUUCGUAUCACCCCAGACACAGGCCUCAUCACCACAGCCACGGAACUGGACCGCGAACGUGACCAUUGGCACAACAUUACUGUCAUCGCUACGCAAAGAGACAAUCCCAGCCAGGUGUCAAGAGUUAUGGUUGCAAUAGAGACACUGGACCUGAAUGACAACGCACCCGAGCUUGACCGGCAAUACACAACAGCCAUGUGCGACUCGUCCUCCAUUGGACAGGUGGUGCAGGUGUUGCGGGCGAUUGAUAGAGAUGAGGGAGGGAAUGACAGCACUGUGUAUUUCAGCAUCCCUCCGGAGUCCAGUGCUGCCCUCAACUUCAGCGUCAGGGACAGCGGUGGCCCCACAGCCAGCCUAGUGCUGCUGUCCCAGCUCCAGCCGCUGUCCCGCUCCGCGUCCUCCACCCUGACGUUCCAUGUGCCACUGGUCCUGAGGGACGGCACGUCGGGCCUCACCAGCACGGGGACAGUCACCGUGUCCGUCUGUCCCUGCCUGAGAGGAGGGGCACGGGCGGUGUGUCUCCCUCAGCAGUCUUCACUUCCCUCCCCUGGGCUCAGCACCGCCGCCCUGCUGGCCAUCCUGGCCUGUGUCGCUACACUACUGGCGGUGAGUGCCCUGUCGCUGUCGCUGCGCCGGCAGAAACGUGACUCCCUAUCGCCGCUGGAGGAGGACGACGUACGUGAGAACAUCAUAACGUAUGACGACGAGGGCGGUGGCGAGGCCGACACGGCCGCUUUUGACAUCGCCGCACUUCAGAGUGCACCGCACAGCUCUCGCUCACGCGGCUAUCGCACACUGGACAGCAGGAAUGUACGUUAUGCCCAACAUAACCAAGAAAAAGCUCGCACCUAUAGCUGGGCACAGAAUCCGGGCAUUGAACACAACUACUCAGGACCCGGAGGACCUCUCUAUGGCCGCCUCUGUUACAGCAGCCACACGUUACCUGUUCUCCGCCGCACACCAGGUGGAACAUUUGAACCGGCCCUGGCCGAGCUGGGAUACCGCUUUCCAGGGGGCCAGCCAGACCACUCUCUGGUCAUCCAAAACCAGGGGGCCAUGGUAGGGGCGAUGGAUUCCGGGGCGGUGUACAUCACUCCAACAGAACUCAGCACGGGAAGCCGAACGGGGAGUCGCACAGGAAGCCGUGACGGAACUGCACCCCAAAGUGGGGUUAGCACGUCGGAUGGGGGGACGCCAAGGACCAGUGACAGUCGCGAGAGAGGUGGAGGGACUGGAACUGCGAGCAACUGCACAGAGGGGAGCAGUGAGGACAAAGUGAACAGCAGUCAAGAUAUGGACUGGGUGCAGUCGGAGACCUUACCCAGGGAGCAUCACCUCGUCAUGACCAGAUCCGGCUCCAUGGUGGGCCAAGGUCAUGCCGCAGGAGGCUGGGUGUGCGACUCGGCUACCCUCCCCCUGGCGGGACGCAGGACCUCCCGAGGGGGUUUAUCCCCAAAACAAAUGGGCUCCGGUCAGGCUGAAUCUGACUCCAGCGGAGGGGGAAAUGGAAAUGGAAGUGGGGGAACAAACACAGAUGGACAGCAUCCUGCGAGUGCACGGAACUACGUCACCGUCAUACAGGGGGAAAUGAAUGGACAGAGGGAAUACCCCGGCAGCUUGGGGAGAGGAGGACUAGAAAUGGGGAGCAACUUUGUGGUGGCUAGGCCAGACAGGGAUGGCGGAGGGAUAUCAUCCGUUUACCCAGAAGCAGCUGGGAUGAUCGGGGACUGGCGUGAUCGGAUGGGUUUAGGCGGGUAUGUUUUAGGAAGGAGGGAUAUGACCCCUCAGAUUUUCCCCUUCCCAGGGCAGCAUCGUGGAGCAUACGGAGGGGUGAUGGGCUUCGGCUCCGGCUGGGUUCCGGGAAUGGAUGCUGGCCGAGGAGCUCCGGGGCCGGGGGGUCCCUCCCUGGCACUGAGGGUGGGCGAGUUCCUACGCCUGCGUCUCGCCCAGGUCACUUUUGACCCAUCUCAGCCACCGUACGACUCUGUGCAGGUGUACGGCCUGGAGGGCACAGGGUCCCGGGCCGGAUCCCUCAGCUCCCUGGAGAGCGAAGGAGAGAAGGAUGCAGAGAAGGAAGAGUGGGGGGCCGGGUUGGAGGAGUGGGGACCCCAGUUCCAUAAAUUAUCUCAACUCUUUAAAGACAGGGAGAAAGAAAAAGAGGAGAAUGAAAAAGAUGAAGAAGUUGGUGCCAAAACAGUGAAGGAAAAGAGAGAUGAGCCGGAGAACAAAGAGGAAGGAGAGCAGUAUGGAGAAAAGGGAAAAAACUGAGGAAACGAUAGAAACGAAACAAA